AUGGAGUUACGACGCAUGCCCAAGACUAUCGAAGCGGAUGCACAGACUUGGAACCGACUUGUGGCAAAUGGAGUGUGGCGGUUGCAAGUUUAUGCCGAAUUAUGUUCCAAAACUUUUGAGAAUCGGAAUUUAUGCAAUAACGCGAUCACAACACCUACGGACAAGCGUCUAACUAAGCACAUCAAGAAAGUGAUGAAAAAUAUUCUGGAGAUCUUACGGAAUAUUCAGCAGAGAACCGAUUACAUGUGGAAACGUGUUCGUCUCUAUAACGACGAUGAGGAUCUUAAACAUCUUUGUAUCAGUCGGGAAUUAACAACUUCCAAAUUGCAUGAUUUUCUACAAUUUCUGACAUUGCGAUACGAUUAUGAAUGGGAAGUUAAGGAGAUGGUCGUACUUGAGUUGGAGCUGGUGAGCAACGAUAACGAUGUCGAUAUUUUAUUGAAGGCGUGGCGCGAUAAUCGACAUGCGGGCGGAGCAGAGUUCGAUGCCAAGCUAAAGGAAUUCUAUAAGUCCACAAAUAUAACGGCGACUUGAUAAUAA